CCAAAAUGUCUCAAUAAUCACUUUCUAAAUAUCAUUUACUUGCUAAAAUAGGUUAAGGUCUUAAUGGAGAUGUAUACAAAGCAAUCAUAAUUGGAACAGAUUAAUAUGUAGCAGUCAAAAAAAUACGAAAUUAAGUAUUUAGAUCAAAUUAAUAGUAGGAUAUUUUGGGUGGAGUACCUAUAACAGCUUUAAGAGAAACAUCACUUUUGAGACGCAUUCAGCAUAAGAAUGUAGUCAAGUAAUAAAAAUAAUAAGCUUUUAGAAUACUUGAAGUUGAAAAAAUUCAUGGGUAAAUAAGAGUUGUUAUGGAAUAUUUGAAUUUAGAUUUGUAACAAUAUUUGAGUGAAAAUAAAGAUAGAUUAAGUUUAGGAUAAAUAAAAGUAACACUUAAACUAUGCUAGAAAUUUAUGUGUGAUAUAUUAUAAGGAGUUGAGGCAUGUCAUAGAUUAAAUUGUAUACAUAGAGAUAUUAAACCAAAAAAUAUUCUUAUUUAAGAAGAUGGUCAAAAAUUAUUAUUUAUUCUAUUAGGAACUCUCAAAAUUGGAGAUUUUGGAAGUGCAAGAGUAUUUCAAAAAUGUCCAUCAUUUUUCACUUCUGAUGUAUGUGCAUUAUGGUACAGAGCACCUGAAUUAUUAUUGGGAUCAAAUUAUUAUUCUACAGCAAUAGAUAUGUGGGCUAUAGGAUGUGUUUUCGCAGAACUUUUACUUAAAUAACCUUUAUUUCAAGGAGAAAAUGAAAUUCAUUAACUUAAAUUGAUUAUUCCUAAUGUUUAAUCAUUUUAAGCUGUGGUAACUAUUAUUUAAAUAAUUCAGAAUCUCAAAGAUUCUGAUCUAUAAAUUUAAUUUAGUGAUUUAAUUAAAAAGAAACUCUAAAAUCUUAUUGAAUAAGAUGGUUUAGAUCUUAUACUAUAAUUACUAAAAUUGGAUCCAGAUUCGAGAAUAUCUUGUUCUCAAUCUCAAUAACAUGUAUUUAUCUAAUUUUACUCUAAUAGUUCUUUUUUAGAUGAUCUAGAUUUUAUGUCCCAAUACUAUUAUAGAAUAUAUUUAUAUAAUAUUUAAAUCUUCCAUCUUCCAUAUUAUAGCAAUAGCAUUAUUUCUAAUAAUCACUUAUUAAUUACAUAGUUCUUAAUAUAAGAAAUUUAAUUAAAAUGAUUAAACCAAUGAAAAUGUUCAUUACUUCUGAUAAAAUACAUGUAUGAAAUUGAUCUAAAGUAAGAUUGUACCAAACCCUUAAAUAUGUGGAUUUGCUAAACCUCUAACAAUAGAUCGAUUAAAUUUUACCAUAUAGCUAAAUCAAACUAUAAUUGGUUAAGACAUUUAAGAGAUAGGAAUAUUUGGUAUUGUUGGGAUUUAUAAAUUCUAUGGCAAAAAUAACCUACUUUAUAUAUCUGAGGCAAAUCAUGUUUGUAAAAUAAAUGGUUAGACGAUUUAUGAAAUAGUUUCUAUUUCUAAUGUUUUAUAGAAUUAAUUUUCUUCUGUGGAGUAAUAAAGCAUUAAAAAUAUUGAAGCCUAUUUUAGUAAAUGCACAUAUUUUUCAUUAUAAUAUGAUUUAACAAUACCAUUAUCAUAAUAAUGUUAACCUGAAUAAAGUGAAAGAAGUAUGAGAUUUUGGUGGAAUUUUCAUGGUUAUAAAUAAUUUUUGGAAUAAAAAAUUCCAAAGUGUUGGUGCAUUAAAAUUAUUUAAGGAUAUGUUGGUUUAGCAUAAUGUGAAAUCAAAACACAAUAAAAAUAAUAGAUUAUAUAUAUUUUAAUUUCAAGAAGAGAAACUUUAAGAGGAGGCACACGAUAUAAUCAUAGAGGAUUAAAUAUUGAAGGAGCAGCUGCAAAUACAGUUGAAACUGAAUAGUUAAUUGAAUUUUAAGAGAAACUCUAUUGUCAUUUAUAAAUUAGAGGAUCUGUGCCAGUAUUUUGGGAGUAAGUAGGUAUUCGUGCUAUUUCAUAAAUUACAUAAAAUAAUGAAUAAACAAAGAUGGCUUUAACAAAGCAUCUUAUGAAUUUGAAGAAAUAUUUUGGAUCUCUUUUAUUAGUUGAUUUGAUGUCUAAUGAUAAACCAAAUGAAACAAUCAUAAGUUAAACUUAUAAAGAGUAUUCAAAAUUUUUAUUCUAAUUAGUAUGGUUAGUUCAAUUUAAAUACCUUAAAUCACUCUUUGCCAUAUUGAUUUUAAACAAUAUUGUAAAAAUUAUAAGUUUGAAAAACUUAAUCCUUUACUUAAUUAAAAUAAAGAAAUAUUAAUUUAAUAAUCUUAUACAAAAUUUUAAAAUGGAAAAUUAAGUAAAUAUUUUCAUUUUUAAAUUAGUAAAUAUUCAAAAUGGAGUUGUAAGAACUAAUUGUUUAGAUUGUCUUGAUAGAACUAAUGUUUUUCAAACUAAAAUAGCCUUUUUUAUUACAAAUCUUAUAUUGAAUGAUCUUGGAAUCAAUAUUCCUAAAGAAUUUAGAUGUGAAACCAUUUUAGAUUUAGUAAAAUAGAUUAAUUUACUUAUUAGUCAGAUUAAGAUAAGGUUCAUGAUCUAAUAAAACUGAUAAAAAUUUUAUGGGGAGAAAGUGGUGACAAUAUUUCUAGAAUCUAUGCAGGAACUAAUUCUUCAACAACAAAAAUUUAAAUGACUGGAGGUAGUAAAUGGACUGGUAUGAUUGAACAUGGUUUAAAAGGUUUUUAAAGGUAAUGUUCAAAUUGAUUUAGAUUUUAUAAUUAAAAUGUCACAGAUGAAGAUAAAUAAAAUAUAUAUUCAUUCAUUGUUGGGUUGAAUUAAUAAUAAAAUAAAUAAUAUUUAGGAAUUGUCGAAUAAAUUCAAUAGCAAUCUCCUUAAAUUCAAAAAAAUUUGUUAAUAAUGGUUAUAAGCUUUAAUGCUAAAAAUAAGUCAAUAAAAGAUUUUUUUCAUUUAUUUGAUUCUAGAUAGUAAAUUAAAUAAAACAUAUAUUUGUAGAAUACCAUAAUUUAUAAUAGUGUUAUUUUAGAACAUUGUUAAAAUAUGUUAACCAUGCAAUUUUAUAAAAGAUUAGAUGUAAUCAUCUAUCAGAUCUUAAUUAGGAUAAUAUGAAUGUCUUUUUUCUAGUUAAAAUGUAAAGUUUAUGAUUUAAAGUUAUAGGAAAAUUAAUACAGUUUUAUAUUUGCGAAAUCAAAUAUUUAAAACACAGAUUUUAAAGAUUAUAUUAUAAAAUAAGAAAAUAGAGAAAUUGGAGUUGUUUAGAAUUUUAAUUAUUGUGGUUAACGAUUUUAAAUUCUAAAUUUAAAUGUAAAUUGUUAAGAAUUAUUGAUGUAUGAGAAAAAGAUAAUUCAACAAGUUCAAGAAAAUGGAAUAAAUACAACUAUUUCAAUACUUGGAGGAAUUUGUGAUUCCAGAAUUUAAAUUGAAGAAUCGAUUCAAGAAUUUUGUAGGUAGAAUACUAAGGAUGCAAUUUCAAAAUUAUUUUUAAAAGAUGAACUAUGUUAGUGUUUUGAAAAAUCUUAGAUUUUGAAAGGUUACUAAGAACCUAAUAUUACUUUUUUACCUCAAAAUGGAUAAAAAGGUUGGAUGAAUAGAAUUUUAUAUGGUCCACAAGAAGCAUAAGAUUCUUUCAAUAUUUUAGCAUAUGAUGAACCAAUAAGUGGUGGUAUUAGAUUGUUAUUUACAAUUGAUUUUGAAAUGCUUGAAUUGAAUUCUUAAAAGCAUAUAAAUAAUGAUGAAGAGGAAGAUGAUGAUAUGAAAUACUCUUAAUAAUUCUAUUAAGUUACAGAUGAGGAUGAUUUCGAAAUAAUUACAUGA